AUGGCCGCUCCUACAUGUAGUUUCCUCCUGAGGGAUGUGUCGUCGUACCGACAACAUCUACAAAAUCUUGAGGCCGUUCAACAGAAAUUUGAGCACCGUGAAGAGACCCAUGUCCCACUCAUUCCACGGGUGGAACAGCUGGUCAUAUGCAAGGAGAAGACAUGUGCCACAUGUGAGCUCGAUUUCCAAUCUCGAGAGAGUCAAGUGGAUCAUUAUAGGAGCGAUUGGCACCGUUUCAAUAUCAAAGCGAAGCUCGCGAACGGGAAGGCGCUGACCGAAGGGGAGUUCGAGACGAUAGGAAGCGAUUGUGAGAGUAUUUCGGCGACGGAUAGCGAGUCAGAGGAAAGCGUAGAAAUCGUUCAUGAUGCCGGGAAGUUGCUCUUCAUGAACAGCAACAGGGAAGUGAUUGAGAUCAAUCGUGUGCUCAUCGAAACAAAGAACGAAUCACUCACCGAAGCGGAGCUCAUGGCGCGGGUGAAUUCAAUUCUGGAGAAUAAUCUGCGCAUAGCCCUGAUUAUGAUAGGUGGCGGACACUUCGCGGCCGCAAUCUUCCACAACGGCAGAAUUUUGCAGAGUAAAACUUUCCACUCGUAUACGGUGCGCAGAAAGCAGGGCGGCUCUCAGAGCUCGGUGAACAAUCAAGGAAACGCACCUCAGUCAGCUGGGGCCAGUCUACGCAUGUACAACGAAGUGUCACUCGCACAGAAAGCCCGUGAUUGUCUGACGUCAUGGAACGCACAGCUGGACCAGUGUGACUUAAUAAUGUACAGAGCUCUUCGGUCGAACCGCGAGAUUCUCUUCGGAGGCAAGAAUCCUCCGUUCAGCAAAACCGACCCGAGAACACGCACCAUACCCAUGGUCACCCGUCGCCCGACACAGAAAGAGCUCAAGAGAAUUCACGAUCACCUUACGACGAUCUUGAUUGUGAAGAACCCGAUCCGCUACUAUGAAACGAAGGCCGUAUGCACCAAGAAGGAAAAACCCGAGAGAGAACACGUACCGCGAACGGCGCAGACAGAAUCCCGGUCUCACGAAGAUUCAGACUCCGACGAAACUCCAAACUCACCGCGCAAGACUCCUCCGAGAAAACCAGUCCGGGGGGCUGACUGCAAGAAAGAGUUGCACGAAGAAUUUUUCCUCGCUUGCACCGGAAACAACCAGGACGAAUUUGAAGCCCUCCUCCAAAGAGCGCCGAGCGGAGAGCUGCGCGGCGUUUUCUCUCAGCCGAUCGACGAUUCUCGCAAUACCGUGUUGCACUUGUGCUGCCGUCGCGGGCGAGUUGAAAUGCUGAGGAAGAUCCUCGAAUUGCAACCGGAUCUCACGGUGACCGAUAAGAAGCAGCAGACGCCGUACGCUGUUGCGAUGAACAACACGGUCCGUCAGCUCCUGAUCGAGUACCGUCUCGCUCAUCCGACGUCUUUGGAUUUCGCGAAAGCAGGCAUUCCAGAGAAAGUUUCCGAGCCGAAGGUUUCCAAGGGGAGCUCCAAGAAGAAGCCCUCCACAUCAUCCAAAACCAAUCGCUUGGAUCGAACCGCCCUGCAAUCUAAAGUCUUCGUCUGUGACAGCUGCCUGAAGGAAUGUACAACAAACCAGCUGACAGCCGAUGACAAGAAAUUUUGCUCGGUGAACUGCGUACGCUUGUGGAGAUUCGGCUCUCGUCCCGUCACUGAUGGGUCUUGA